AUGUUUAACCCCUACCAGGCCCAAGGCAAUGCUCCGAAUCAGCAGCAAACUGGGUUCUAUUCUCAGCAGCCUGGUCAAUUAAACCAGCGGCCGACCACUGAGUUCGGAAAUUUUCAGCAAAAUAUUCCCAACUCGUUUGGUAACCAGCACCCUCAGCAGCAGCAGCAGCAGAGUGCAGGUAACAUGCAGAACCUAGGUUCUAUGUACCAAGGUGGGAAUGAGUAUGCUGCACCUCCUCAGGGCUCUCUACAAAGCAUGCAAACCGGAUUUUCGACCAAUCCAGCGCAAGGACCAUAUGCGGGACACCAACAGCAAGGUGGGUUUUUCCCCAAUCAAAACCCUACUAGUCUCCAGCCACAGCAAACUGGGUAUUACUCUCAGCAGGGCACCCCACAGAUCCAGCAGCAACCUCCUCAGGUUCCAUUUUAUCAACAGAAUCAACCACAAUCUGUCUUGCAGCAACAACAAACUGGCGUUGCUUCAAAUGCUUUCUCCCCUCAACCAUCAGCUCCGCAACAAUAUCAGCAGAAUAGCUUCCCUUCGCAGCCCAUGCAAAAUCAACCAACUACUGGGCUCUCUCAACAAACUGCGCACCCAGUCCAACCUCAACAAACAGGUUUCUUCAGCCAACCGCUUCAGCAGCAGCAACAGGCCAACGCCUACUCCCAGCAAAACCCUCAGCCUGUUCAGCCUCAGCAGACCGGUUUAUUCUCCCAACCUAGCCUCCAACCACUCCAGCAACAGCCUACAGGUUUUUACUCCCAAUCCAACAUCCAGCAGCAAGGGAGUCAGUACGCCCAGCAAACUCCGCAGCCUCUUCAGCCUCAGCAAACAGGUUUUUACCGCCAACAGGCUCAGGAGACCAUACAACCUUUGAAGCCUACCGCAACUGGUUUUGUGAACUCGUUUGCCAAUAAUGGGAUAAACAAUGAUAUUAAAAUUCCUAACAUGAGGCUUUCUUUCAUUACAGCUAAUGACCAGGCCAAGUUUGAGACUCUUUUUAGAUCUUCAGUUCCCCUAGGAUCUAACACUAUUUCUGGAGACGCAUGCAGGACAAUCCUUAUGAAAUCUGGUGUUUCUCCUACACAAUUGGCCAAGAUCUGGACCUUGUGUGAUACUAGCAGGGCUGGAGAACUUUUGUUUCCUGAGUUUGCGUUGGCUAUGCACCUUGUAAACGCUGUGAUUCAAGGUGACAGCGUCCCUUUUGAACUUGACACCAGGACCAAAAACGAGGUCGAGAGUUUUGUCAGUGCAAUUAAUACCAGCAUUGCUAAUGGCAGCUUUUCUGAAUCUUCAAAACCAAAGACCCCUUUUGAUGAUCUUACUUCAGGGAUCUUAAACCUACAACCCCAACCAACCGGUUCUAUGCCGCAAACUAGCUUUGGAAUGCCGCUGCAAGCACAAAACACUCAAGGGCUGCUGAAUCCCCAGGCGACUGGCUUUAUGCCUCAGACAUCAUUUGGCCAGUCACUGGUUUCUCAACAAACAGGUGGCAACUUACAAAGCCAAUACACUGGUGGCUUCCUUCAGCCUCAAUCUACCGGUUUUAUGCCGCCAACAUCGUUUAAUCAACCACUUCAAACCCAAGCAACAGGUGGUGUGGUUUUACAACCGCAAUCCACAGGCUGGGGGAAUCCAGUUGUGUCUGUACCAACGGGUCAACCAAUGGGGAGCGUUCCUAACAGGACUUUUGAUAACCCUUCAUUGUUACAGCCGCAACCAACGGGUUACCUUCCGCCCUCAAGUUUUAAUCCUAGUGCCCCACUCAGUGCACAGAAAACGGGUUUUGGAAACAACGAAAUUUACAGUCAAUCCAACUUCGCAAGUAAGUUCUUUGUGGACAACUCUGACGUUAUCACAAACGAGGAGAAAUCGCUGUUCUACAAAAUUUUUGAUACUUAUGACACUCAGAAUAAGGGCCUUAUGGACUCUUCCACAGCUGUUGAGGUGUUCCGUAAGUCCGGCCUUAGCAGGAGUGACCUGGAACACAUUUGGAAUUUGUGCGACACUAAUAACAACGGCCAACUGAACAGACAAGAGUUCGCAUUGGGGAUGCACUUGGUUUAUAGAAGAUUGAGUGGUAACGACUUGCCGAAUAGGUUGCCUCCCAGCCUUAUCCCUUCAAGCACCCAAAUUUUGAAUUCUGUCAAGAACCAACUUAAGAGCAGCCCAGAUGCGAUCAAAAAAGCGCCUACUAAAGUGGACGGCUUCUCAUUCAAGCACGACGAUGAUGAGAUGCUACCCAGUUCACGUAAUCGUAGAAGAACAAUUAGCGAAUCAAAAAAUACCGAAAAGCAAGGGACUAGCUCCAUAAGCACCGCAGGCAACCAGAAGUUACAGGUAGAUGAGAGUCCCGUCCAACUAUCAACCACUACAAAGAAUGACUAUAACCAACGCUUGAGCGGUGAACAGGCGAUUGAAGAUUUGAAAAGAAAACUCAACUCUCUGCCUCGCGCGAUAGACUCUUCAAACAAUUUGUUAACUGGCGAAACAAAAGAACUUAAGGCCCAGUUUGAUAGUCUGGCGAGUAGGGUCCCUCAGAUCUUGGCUGAGAUUUCAGACGUCAAUAACCAAAUUGCGACUGCCAAAAUUGAGCUUUACAGACAGAGGAAUCCAUCAUCGUUGGUGGGCACCGGGGCCAAUGGCGAAGUCACUGACGAAGAUCGCAGAAAGGCCAAGAGUAAAGCAUUGCUAGCUUCAAGGAUGGCAGCAUUGACUGGAAGACCCGUCUCUGGUACCAAUGUUGACCAGCAGGAACAAAAAUUCAAUGAAGAGGUUUCAAAGAUCAAAUCAGAAAACUCCACGAAUCAAUCAAUUAUUGAAGAGAUUCAAUCCUCGAUUUUCGAAAUAGCGGCUUCUGUUAACUCUGCGUUGGUUGGGAAAGCGAACACAAACGGUAGCCAAUACCAGAAGUGGGAACUCGGCGUUGGUUUAGAUCCUCAAGUCAGCGCCUAUAUCGCAAGUACAAGACCAAUAUCAGUGCGUCAGACUGCAAACGUUAAUCCUUCUAAUGAUCGCAGGUCAUUCGAAAAUUCAAAUAACGGCUUUACGACUCCAUCACAGGCGAAGGUCUCCAAUACAAGGGAUCGCUCAACAUUCUUGAAAGAACAAGCACAGCGGAAAAUGAAUGAAAGGUUGGCAAAGCUAGGGUUGGGAAGUGGGAAUUCUUCAAGUUCCGAGGUGCCCAAAAGUGUGGAGAGGCCAGCCCAGCUGCACACAGAACCUCAACCCAUUGAGCGUGAAAAUGACGAAGACGAUGAAGAGGUUGAAAGGCUUGCAGAGAGACUCGAAGCGUUAAAGGCCAAGAAGAAGGCUGCUCAGGAGGCUGCUCAGCCAAAAAAGGACGUCAGCGCUCUUGCGGAAGAUAGAUCGGAAUUUUCGCAAACAGCAGGAGCCGCGGAUACGGGGGCACGCUCUGCUGCUACGCUUCCUGCUACGCUUCCCGCUAUGUCUGUGAACUCUAAUGGACAAGCUAUUGGGGUGGCCAAUAAUAGUAAUGCCGGUAAGCCUGAGGCGGUUGAAGCCUCAGAGGUUAGCAGUCACCAGACAAACAACCCAUUCAACAGAUCACUGGCUCAUUCAGCUUUAAGUCCGGCUACUCAACCGGCGUCUUCCACAUCAACGGGGGGAAGAAAUCCGUUUUUCAAGCCUUCGCAAUCGGGCGCAUCCACCUUCGAUGCCAAGGCAGCAGAAGCCCAAAGAAGAAUCCAAAGGGGCCUAGAUGAUAAUGAUGAUGACUGGUCUGAUGAUGAGCAGACUCAUCUAGCUCCUCAGGCCCCAGCUCCUCAGGCCCCAGCUCCUCAGGCCCCAGCUCCUCAGGCCCCAGCUCCUCAGGCUCCAGUUCCUCAGGCUCCAGCUCCUCAGGCCCCGGCGGCGUCACAACCUGUUGUGCCCAUUGCACCUCCUCUUCCACGAGUAGGUCAAGACGAGCCAACAACAACUGUUACUUCGCAGGUGCCCUUGAAUGGUUACUCGCUUCCUCAAUCUCCCAGAGAGGAAGACGAAGGCGAUCACUCCGAUGAUCUAUCCAUUCCCGAGUCUGUUGAUUCGUUUGACGAUUUGUCCCGAAACGACCAGUUGCCUCCCUCCGGGAUCCCACCUCCACCACCUUUGCCUUGA